GUGAUUACUUCAGCACGCUAGAUUAAUCUGUAUAGUGUAUGUAACUAUCAAUAUUAUUAAAAAUGGUUAAGUUAACGCCAGAUCUAAUACAACAAUCGAUGCAGUAUAUAAAUCCUGUAAAGGAUCGUGAAUUGGACCUUAGAGGAUAUAAAAUACCUACAAUUGAAAACUUAGGUGCAACUUUGGAUCAAUUUGACACAAUAGACUUCUCAGACAAUGACAUCAGAAAAUUGGAUGGAUUUCCUCUAUUAAAACGAAUCAAAACACUUUUCUUCAAUAAUAAUCGUAUUGUUAGAAUUGGUGAAGGAUUAGAGCAUUCUAUACCAAACUUGGAGACUUUGAUGUUAACUGGAAAUAUGAUUCAAGAACUUGGUGACUUAGAACCAUUGACCCAGCUAAAAAACUUGACAAAUCUCUGCCUACUGCAAAAUCCAGUUUCUGCAAAACCUCAGUAUAGGCAAUAUGUUGUAUACAGGUUUCCACAACUAAGGCUGUUAGAUUUUAGGAAAAUUAGAAUGAAGGAACGUGAGGCUGCUGUUACAUACUUUAGGAGUAAAAGAGGAAAAGAAAUGGUUCGUGAGAUUGCUAAAAAAGCAAAAACACAAGCUUCUGGUACAUUUACAGAUAAACCUCUGACAACUCCAGAGGAGCGUAAUAAAAUUAGGGAAGCUAUUACAAAUGCUACUUCCCUGGAAGAAGUACAACGUCUUAGUAAAUUGCUUCAAGCUGGACACAUGCCUAGCGAAGAAAGAUUACAAAAUGGAAACACAAUACCUGAAGCAAUGGAAGAAGAAGACGAUUAAAUAUUUGAUACAUUAUUCUCAAAUUUAAGUUCACAAGUACAAUCUUUUGUAUUAUUGUAAGUAUUGAGUGAUAUGUCUGAUGAAAUUGAGAACAGUUUGUUAAGCUCAUAAGAAACCAUUCACUACACAACUUCAUCGUUAUUGGAUAAUAAUUUGGUUUCUAAGAAUAAAAUAAUUGAAAUACCUAAUUGCCUGGA